AUGGCUACCUUCGCUGUGAGAACCAGAAAAACUAGAAAGUCCGAUGGCAUAGCUUACAGCGAACAGUCCUUGCGACAGAAUGCAUUUAUACUGGAAUAUUGUCGCACAUCAGUGUCUGCUCUCUCUGGGGCCACAGCAGGAAUCAUGGGAUUGACAGGAUUGUGGGGGUUUAUAUUUUACUUCAUCACUGCAUUGAUACUGUCGAUUCUCUUACUUGUAAAGGCAGGUGCUCAGUGGAAUUCUUAUUUCAUAACAAGAAAAGUGGUCUUUGACAGUGGCUUGUUUGGUGGACUUUUUACAUAUGUUCUUUUUUGGACGUUUCUCUACGGAAUGGUCCACGUGUAUUAA